AUGUGCCGUUCCACAGUGCGACGCUUGGGCUAUUUCGUUCCAUUUGCUGUUCUCGCAGGAGUAACAACGACUAUCGCUUGUGGCCUUAUAUCAACCUGGAACCCCGACACUCCGCCCGCAAUUUGGAUCAUUUACCAGAUGUUAUACGGUCUGCGAGGGAUGGGGCUCCAGAUGGGGAUUAUCGCUUGCCAAAGCGCUGUGACUUCAGCCGAGAGUCCUAGUGUGAUCGCAUUUUUGUUCUUCGCAGAGAAUCUAGUAUCGGCCGUCUUCACCAUCGCAGGCGGCGCUGUCUUUACGCAGACUCUUCAACGGCGAGUUGCAAUCUUAGCACCAUCGGUGAGCCCCAGGGCAGCGCUGGCCUCGGGCGGUGGUGCGGAAGCGGUGCGGUCCCUACUACCGUCUGGUAGUCCAGAGCUGCCUGGGCUACUACUUGCAUUCUCCGACGCUGUCAUCGCAGUCUACUACUUGUUGAUGUCACUGGGCGUGGUAUCCUUUGGUCUGGCAUGGGCCAUGGGUUGGGUGGACAUCCGGAAGAAGACGGCCAGAGAGAACGAGCUGCGACAAGAUUGA